CGAUCAUUUUUACGACACUGAAAUGGUUUUUUAUUGCCUUUAAAGUUUCAACAAUAAUAGCUAUUUUAUCCUCGUGUAUCCAUCGAAUCUAGGCUACUACUGAUGAAGCGGGUUCUGAUAUGUAGUCUCUGAUGAUACAACGUUUUGAGACAGACUGAGGAGGAGAGGGAGAGUGUCUGUGAAAAGAGGAAGAUUGGAGUUAAGAAUUCUGAACUGAAUAAGAGGAUCUCUGAGCAGCCUGGAGCAGGAGAGCUCUGAACUUAAACAUGAUGUUUGUGAGCUCAGUAAAGAGUCCCUAUCCUGUUCCUCCCUAUCCUUGAAGCCCAGGGCUUUUUUGAAGUUUCAGUGAGUUACUGUGGGAUGAAGAUUCGUAGGUGUGAUGUCACGGGAGUAAAGCCAAAAGUGACUAUGUCAGCCCCCGAUCUCCCCCUCCUCCCUGAUGAUGGAUAGGAUCCCCUGCAUCUCCCUCCCAAAGCCCACUUUCUCCUCUUAUGAAGUGUUCAACCCUCUCCAAGCCACUGCCCUACAUAGAGGGAGGGGUGGUGUUGAGGUCCUCGGAGGAAGCCAUCUAUGCUGAACACUAAUGCCAGAGAGAGGUUUUCUGGAGGGGGCCACAUACCUCCACAGAGGAGCCCCACCUAAUGGAGACAGGGGACCCUGUGCUGCUCUUCAACAGAGACCUUCAGACAGGAGCUGGACCACUACCGCAGAACGCCACAUAAACAACCUCAGUUUCCAGAGUGUGCUUUAACGAUGGCCAGUGUCAAGAGGACUCGUCGUAGCUCUGUGAUUGCCCUGCAGGAUUCAACGGACCCAGAUACCAGUAUGCCGUCCGAUCCUGUGCCGUCAGCAAUGGAAGCUGUGAGCAGAACUGUGUGCAGCUGUCCCCGGCUCACUACCAGUGUCGCUGCAGACCCAACUAUCAGCUCGCAGAGGACGGCAAACACUGCAUAUUAAGAAGCCCCUGUGCAGACAGAAAUGGGGGCUGUAUGCACACCUGCAAGAAUGACGGAGGGAGAGCUCAGUGCAACUGUCUUCCUGGAUACACACUGGCACAGGAUGGCAAAAACUGUGAAGACAUUGAUGAGUGUGAGACCGACCAAGCUGCUUGUGCCCACGGUUGCCAUAACACCCAGGGCUCCUUCACCUGUGUCUGUAACCCAGCGUACGAGCUGGGUGCCGAUGGCAGGAAAUGCUAUCGAAUCGAGAUGGAGAUCGUGAAUGGUUGUGAGACUGCCAACGGAGGCUGUUCCCAAAAGUGCCAACAGUCCACCCUCGGACCUGUCUGCAGCUGUCACCACGGUUACCACCUGGACGACGACCUCAGGACAUGUGUGGACUUGGACGAGUGUGAGGUGGGAAGCUCGUGCUGCGAGCAGGACUGUACCAACUAUCCCGGGGGCUACGAAUGCUACUGCGGGGCUGGCUACCGUCUCAAUUCGGAUGGGUGUGGCUGUGAUGAUGUGGAUGAGUGUCUGGUAGACAACGGAGGCUGUGACCAUACCUGCCAGAACACAGCCGGCUCCUUCCAGUGCUACUGUCACCUAGGACACCGGCUAGAUGAGGACCGUGUCUCUUGUAUUCCCCUGGAGGGGGCAGUAGAGGCGUUGGAGUGGAGCAGCCGCAUCGCAGUGGAGCGCCCUCUGCCCCAGAUAACCCUGCUGAGGGACUACUUCCAGCCGCUGGAGCGUUAUGACGACUACGAUGAGGACAGCCUGGGAGAGCUGCGGGCCCAGAGCACCCUCACCCAGACCUUUGUGUGUCUAAACAACACGUUUGGUUACGACUGCAGCCUGACGUGUGACGACUGUUCCAACGGUGGCGUGUGUGACAUGGAGGAGGGUCACUGUGACUGUCCUGAUGGGUGGACAGGUGUUGUCUGCAACCAGACUUGUCCAGAGGGCACCUUUGGCAGGAACUGCUCCUUCAGCUGUAAGUGUAAGAAUGGUGCCACCUGUGACCCUGUGAACGGGCACUGCCGCUGCCCGCCUGGCAUCAGCGGGGACAUGUGUCAGGAUGGCUGUCCUAAGGGCCUGUAUGGGAAACUUUGCAAUAAGAAGUGUAACUGUGCCAAUAACGGGCGCUGCCAUCGUACCUAUGGAGCCUGCCUGUGUGAUCCUGGGCUCUACGGGCGCUUCUGUCAUCUAACGUGUCCUAAGUGGGCGUACGGCCCUGGCUGCUCGGAGGAGUGCCAGUGUGUCCAACAGAACACCCUAGAGUGCCACCGCCACCAUGGCUCCUGUGUCUGCAAACCAGGCUACCAGGGCAAGAACUGCCAGGAGGAGUGUAAUAGAGGAUACUAUGGCCUGGCCUGCAAGAGGACAUGUCAGUGUCCAUCUGGGGUACCCUGUGAUCAUGUGACAGGGGAGUGUCUGAGCCAGUGCCCACCUGGCUUCCAUGGGGACAACUGUGACCUAGACUGUCCAGAGGGUUACUACGGGGCUGGAUGUAACCAAUCGUGCCACUGUUCUGGCUCCCCGUGUGACAACAUGACAGGACAGUGUCACUGUCUUGCCGGGAUGAAGGGACAGCACUGUGAAAGUGAGUGUGAGGAGGGUCGUUGGGGUGUGGGCUGCUCAGGCUCCUGUCCCCACUGUCAGAACAGGGGAGUGUGUGACAAACACAAUGGAGUGUGUUGCUGUCAACCUGGAUACAUGGGCACCUUGUGUCAGAGCGCCUGCCCGGUGGGUAGAUUUGGCCUGGGUUGUCGGCUACGUUGUUUGUGUGAUAACGGUGGGCGCUGCCACCCGGUGACGGGCAACUGUGCCUGUCCUGUAGGAUGGACUGGACCCAGCUGCAGCAGAGCAUGUGAUGCCGGGCGCUGGGGAGCGGACUGUGCUAACAUGUGUGAGUGCCCGGGCAGCGAUGGCAGCUGUGACCUCAUCACGGGGCAAUGUCGCUGUGAGGCGGGCUACACGGGACCCCGCUGCCAACAGAAGUGCCCAGAAGGCUCCUUUGGCAUAGGCUGCAGACACAGGUGCCAGUGUGCCAAUGAGGCAGCCUGUGAGCAUGUUAGUGGAGCCUGCACCUGCCUCAGUGGUUGGACCGGCACAUACUGUGAAAAAUCAUGUCCCGAUGGCUUCCAUGGGCUGGAGUGUCAGCAGCAGUGUCAGUGUUCUAACGGGGGCCGAUGUGACCACCUGACGGGUGCCUGCCACUGUCCAGACGGCUGGGUCGGACCACAAUGCAACAUCACAUGCCAGGCAGGGUGGUUUGGCCGUGGGUGUGAACACACCUGUGAAUGCCGUAAUAAUGCCACCUGUGACCCUGUGAGUGGGCAGUGCCAGUGUACGCCAGGGUGGAUCGGCCCCAGCUGUGAGAAAGAAUGUGUAGAAGGCUUUUAUGGACAAGACUGCCAUCAUCACUGCCUGUGUCACAACGGAGGGGUGUGUGAUCAGUUCUCUGGGCGCUGCUCGUGCUCCAGCGGAUGGACUGGGGCAGCCUGCGAACUGGAGUGUGCCCAUGGCUGGUUUGGGGUGGACUGUGCUCAGCCCUGUGAGUGUUUGAAUGGCGGUGUGUGUGACCGUCGCAUUGGAGAGUGCAGCUGUGGCCCAGGCUGGGUAGGACAGCACUGUCAGACAGCGUGUGAGGCUGGCCUGUUUGGCCCAGGGUGUGAGGAGCAGUGUCGAUGUAGCCAUGGGGAUGUGUGUGACCAAGUCAGCGGUGUGUGUUUGUGUCCUCCUGGCUGGAGGGGACCCAAGUGUGACAGAGCCUGUUUACCUGGCUCCUAUGGGAAUGACUGUCUGAGCUACUGUAACUGUCCCCACGGCACUUCCUGUAACCAUGUGUCUGGCAAAUGUGGCUGUCCCCCUGGAUUCACUGGCAAUGGCUGUGAGCAAAUAUGCCAACCUGGCACGUAUGGGCUGAACUGUAACCAAGUGUGCCAGUGCUCUGGCACCAACCAGCUGUGCCACCCUGUCACCGGCCUCUGCUUCUGCGCCCCGGGUUACCAUGGCAACAACUGUGAUCAAGAGUGUGACAUGGGACGGUAUGGCCCAAACUGUGAACGCCCAUGCCAGUGUCUGAAUGCCGGUGUGUGCCAGACCACCACGGGCACCUGUCAGUGCCCACCGGGGUACAUUGGAGCAGACUGCAACACCACAUGCCCAUCAGGGCGCUAUGGGCAGGACUGUGCCAGGGUGGCCCUGUGUGGCGAGGGGGCACGAAGUGACCCAGAGACGGGCAGGUGUGUGUGCAAGGCGGGCCAGCGGGGAGAAGACUGCAGACAGGGUUGUGCCCAGGGCUGGUAUGGGGAAGACUGUGGUCAGCACUGUAACUGCAGUAACGGUGGUGUGUGUGAACUGGUCUCUGGAGGCUGUACCUGCGGACUAGGCUGGACCGGACCCAGCUGUGAUACAGAGUGCCCAUCAGGGAGUUACGGAGCCAACUGCAAACUGCGGUGUGAUUGUCAUAACAACGGGACGUGUGACAGAGUGACGGGAGAGUGCCAGUGUGACCCGGGAUACUAUGGUCACCUGUGUGAACAUGCCUGCCCUGCUGGUUUCUAUGGCCACCGCUGUCAGCGCCAGUGUAAGUGCCGAGGCCUCGCCCCCUGUGACCCAAGCACAGGGCACUGUCUCUGCCCUACUGGUUACCAUGGAUACCACUGUGAGAAAGAGUGUGAGCAGCGUCGUUUCGGGGUGGGCUGCAACCAGUCAUGUGACUGUGAGGGGGACACCCCAUGUGACCCCAUGACUGGCCACUGUCUGUGCCCCACAGGGAAGAUGGGAACGCGCUGUGACACAAAUUGUCCAGUGAACCACUACGGCCCGGACUGUUCUGAGAGCUGUGAGUGUAGGAACGGGGCACGGUGUGAUCCACGGAACGGCCGCUGCAUUUGUCUACAGGGCUGGAUAGGACCUACCUGUCAGGAAGGAGGGUCCUCACGUCUCCACAGCAGUCCCAACAGAAACCAAGAAAAUAAGCACUCACAGACUCCUGUUCCAGUAUAGCACCCCCUACUGACUGACCCCCAACUGGGGCUUACUGGUCACCUCUAGAGGUCACAGAGCUCGAAACUGAACUGACACACUCAAAACAAUAGACUGUUUAUACAGAGAUGGGAGUGCAAUGGCAUGGACUUGAUGAACUAAAUACCAGUAGGUGUCAACAGAGAAUUUGUACCGAGACAUUCUAUUGGUGUCAGCGCCGGGACCUAUGAACUGGUAGAUGCCAUUUAUGGAGAGUUGUCUAGUCGCACUCCAUUGAUGAGACAAUGGAGUUCACAUAACACACUAGGAUUGAUUCUGCUACACUUCACGCUACGGGGUUGACUCUGCUACAUUUUGCUUGACGGGGUUGACUAUCCUACUCUUCACGCUACGGGGUUGACUCUGCUACUCUUCACGUUACAGGGUUGACCCUGCUACUCUUCACGUUACAGGGUUGACUCUGCUACUCUUCACGUUACAGGGUUGACUCUGCUACUCUUCACGUUACAGGGUUGACUCUGCUACUCUUCACGUUACAGGGUUGACUCUGCUACUCUUCACGUUACAGGGUUGACUCUGCUACUCUUCACGUUACAGGGUUGACUCUGCUACUCUUCACGUUACAGGGUUGACUCUGCUACUCUUCACGUUACAGGGUUGACUCUGCUACGCUUCACAUUACAGGGUUCACUCUGCUACUCUUCACAUUACAGGGUUGACACUGCUACUCUUCACGUUACAGGGUUGACUCUGCUACUCUUCACGUUACAGGGUUGACUCUGCUACUCUUGACAUUACAGGGUUGACGCUGCUACUCUUCACGUUACAGGGUUGACUCUGCUACUCUUCACGUUACAGGGUUGACUCUGCUACUCUUCACGUUACAGGGUUGACUCUGCUACUCUUCACAUUACAGGAUUGACGCUGCUACUCUUCACGUUACAGGGUUGACUCUGCUACUCUUCACGUUACAGGGUUGACUCUGCUACUCUUCACGUUACAGGGUUAACUCUUCUACUCUUCACGUUACAGGGUUGACUCUGCUACUCUUCACGUUACAGGGUUGACUCUGCUACUCUUCACGUUACAGGGUUGACUCUGCUACUCUUCACGUUACAGGGUUGACUCUGCUACUCUUCACGUUACAGGGUUGACUCUGCUACUCUUCACGUUACAGGGUUGACUCUGCUACUCUUCACGUUACAGGGUUGACUCUGCUACUCUUCACGUUACAGGGUUGACUCUGCUACUCUUCACGUUACAGGGUUGACUCUUCUAUACUUUUUUAUGGGGUUGACUCUUCUAUACUUUUUUAUGCUGUUGACUCUGCUACACUUCAUGUUAUGCGGUUGACUCUCAAAAGGUACUCAAGAGUUACCUGACACUGGUACACUUUUCUAGUUUGCCCUGUAUAAGAGGACAUCUCUGGGUCAAAUUCCAAAAAGGACAAAGUUAUGCAGAGGUUUGCGGCAUUAUUUACUGUAAAAUGCAGUUUAGUUGUUGAAAAUCAUGUACCAUGCUUAACUGUGUGUAUUUGUCUGUACAUUGCAUGUAUGUAAAUGUGUUCACGUCUACAAUACAAUCAUGUUGUACUUAUACUCUCACGAUAUGGUAGUACCUCAUUGGAAGGAGGUUUUCACAUUGAGGAGAUUUGCUUUUCAUUCAUAAAAUUUGUUGUACAUUGGAGUAAUAUCAUUGAAGUUGUAGUCCUGCUUAUUGGCUUCUCCAAAAACAAUAGUUUACACACACAUGAUCCAUUUGUUCUCUUUGCUGCCACCGUUGCACUAUACAGACUCCUAUGACACAGUUGAUUUAACGAUAAGAAACAAUUCAGGAUAAAGUUCAUCCGAAUGAAAUGUUCUACAGUAUUUAGAAAGUCUGCACCCAGUAUUGAGGAUGUGCACAGUCAUGCACACAGGUCAAUAGGCUUUAGUCCAUAUGCUUUAAACUCAAAAAAAAUUUAUUUGACCUUUAUUUAACUAGGCAAGUCAGUUAAGAACAAAUUCUUAUUUUCAAUGACGGCCUAGGAACAGUGGGUUAACUGCCUUGUUCAGGGGUAGAACGACAGAUUUUUUCCUUGUCUGCUCGUGGACUCGAUCUUGCAACCUUUCGGUUACUAGUCCAACACACUUUAUCCUGAAUUGUUACAGCUCCUCAGCGAAAUGGAGGGAAAAUUGCUGCGGUUUUCAAUAAAGCAAUUUUGGGAUUGUA